CGCGUGUGCGGGGUGCGCUGCAGGGACGUCCUCUCAGGGCAGGAAUUUGAUGUCAAAGCCAAAUGUGUUAUCAAUGCUACGGGACCUUUCACAGACUCUGUGCGCAAAAUGGAUGAUCAGGAAGUACCAAACAUCUGUCAGCCAAGCGCCGGCGUGCAUAUUGUGAUGCCUGGCUAUUACAGCCCUGAUAACAUGGGGCUGCUUGACCCAGCCACCAGCGACGGUAGAGUGAUUUUCUUCCUGCCGUGGGAGAAGAUGACGAUCGCAGGGACCACAGACAGCCCGACUGAUGUUACUUCCCAUCCAAUACCAACAGAAGAAGAUAUAAACUUCAUUUUGAAUGAAGUGCGCAACUACCUUAGCGUUGAUGUCGAAGUGAGAAGAGGAGACGUGUUGGCAGCAUGGAGUGGCAUUCGUCCUCUGGUCACAGACCCCAACUCCAAAGACACGCAGUCGAUAUCCCGGAAUCACGUUGUUACCAUUAGCGACAGUGGCCUUGUCACGAUAGCAGGUGGGAAGUGGACAACCUACCGUGCCAUGGCGCAGGACACCAUCGAUGCAGCUAUUCAGGCGCAUGAUCUGAAGGCAGGUUCCAGUAAGACCAUUGGACUGCAGCUGCAAGGGGCUGAGGACUGGAGUCCCACUCUCUACAUUAGGUUGGUCCAAGACUAUGGACUUGAAAGUGAGGUGGCUCAGCAUCUGGCUUCAACAUAUGGUGAUAAGGCUUUUGAGGUGGCCAAAAUAGCCCAAGUUACGGGAAAGAGAUGGCCUAUUGUUGGAAAACGUCUUGUGUCUGAAUUUCCUUAUAUCGAGGCUGAGGUUGUCUAUGGUGUUAAGGAGUACGCCCGCACGGCAGUGGAUAUGAUUUCCCGACGCACUCGCUUGGCCUUUCUGAACGUGCAGGCUGCAGAGGAAGCCCUGCCAAGGAUCGUAGAUAUAAUGGGGAAAGAACUCAACUGGAGUGAGCAGAAAAAAAAGGAAGAACUUGAAGCUGCUAAAAAAUUUCUCUAUUAUGAAAUGGGCUACAAAGUAAAAUCAGAUCAAUUAACAGACAGCUCUGAAAUCAGUCUAAUGCCUUCAGAUAUUGAAAGGUACAAGAAGCGAUUCCACAUGUUUGACAAGGACAAGAAAGGGUUUAUUACUAUACUGGAUGUGCAGCGUGUCUUGGAGAGCAUCAGUGUGCAAAUUGCCGAAAAUACACUUCACGAUAUUCUCAAUGAAGUGGAUCUGAACAAAAACGGACAGGUUGAGCUCAAUGAGUUUUUGCAGCUCAUGAGCGCUAUCCAGAAGGGCCACGUCUCCGGAAGCCGGCUGGCUGUGCUGAUGAAGACUGCCGAGGAGAACCUGCGUCAGAGGGUGGUGAUCCCGGUGGACCGGAGCGGUGGCGGACUGUGAGGUCAAACACGGCGCCUGCUCGCAGCCACGGCACACGGAGACGCGUAGCUGCGGGCGCCUGCUGAAAAACAUUCCAGUGCUUCUGGUUGCCCUUGCUUGUUCAAGAUGACCGGUACCUGUCUAUCGGUGUAGCUCUUACAAAAACGCGUUGGUGCAAUUGUUUUCAUUAUUAAUGGUUUUCUGUACAGCUCUUAAUACUCCCGUAUGUGGCCUUUUGGAUUGGGUAUUCUUCAGACAUAGGAGUUCAUUAACAAGAGUUCCGGAGUACGGUCUAGAAAGGCUUGGGUGCACACACAAGCACACGUGCACGUACUGCCUUGUUCGUUAACUUUUAUACCGCCUCUACCUUUAAAGAAAACGAUUCUGGGAAAGUGAGUCCUGCCUUUAAACGCCUUGCAUGGAGUUUUGCAGGGAUGCCUUUAGUAUGCAAAGGCUGCUGAUGUGUCCUCUUCAACAAAAGAGCAACCUGGUGUUCUGGAUUGGAGAUAGCAUGGCAAAAGGAACAAAACCAACGCUUCCUGCGGUGGUGGUUACGGUGAAGAACCAUCGUGAGCCUUCCGUAGGUGGCUGGUUUUGCUCUUUCGAGUGCUCUGUUCUUUCAGUGGUGCCAAUACUUGGCCAGACAAAAUUAUCAGCCGUAUGAAGCUGGAAAAACUGCAAGACAUCUUGAUUAAUCCCCCAAGCUAAUAAUUCGGCUAAAAGCUAGGGGACAGCUUUCCUCUCUCCCCUGUUAAUAAAAAUAAGCGUCCCUUAAUGAAUUGCAUUGUCUAGCAGGUGGUGUUCUAUGCCAUGAAGCGCUUCACGCUGCUGCUGGUUUUGGACAAACACCGAUGAUGCGUAGAAUAUGGCAGGUUCUGAUAGCGUUACAGUCUUAAUUGUUUAUUUAUUUAAAAAUGCUCAAACACAAAGUGAAACAAUGAAAUUUGUUUUGCAUUCCACUAACUUUUAUAGAAAAGUGAAAGGGCUAUUUUUCAGCAGAUUAAUUAAAAAAAAAAAAAAAUAGGACCACUCACUUGAGCUGUUUUCAACACUGUUGUAUCUGGCUGUUUGCCUUGGUUCAAGAUCAGGUGGAAGAUUUCUGCCUCGUGUGGAAUGAGGAAGGGAGAACCGUAAGGACAGUUUAUUGAUUAACUGGUCGUUCUGUGAUGUUCCUCGAGUAUAAAUACCGAUUUGCAACUCAAAACAAGCCUCUGCUCCAAGGCAUCGGAAUUUCUACUUGUGUAAAAUCCGAUGUAUUUUAACUGGUGUGACCACUUUCACUAACGGAAAAUAACAGUGCCGGGAUGAACAGCAAAGGUUACUUUGGUAUUCUGAAAGGGGAAAUGAUUGCAUACACGACAUGGAGAUGCUGGGGGGUGUCAGUAUGUAGCAUGGUAAGUACAGAUGUUGUGUCUGGCUGGAGAGGCAGAGUCCUUUUUAAAAAAAAAAAAAUAAAUAAAAAUUCAGGUGUUUAAAAAUAAGAGGUUAAAAAAAAAAAAAAGGAGAAGCCUCACUUAAAAUUCCGUAAGUGGUUAUAUUUCUGUCAGUCCAAACAACUCGUAAGAUCUGGGGGGGAAGGAGACACUCGGGCAAAAUGCCUUUCAGAUGGUUUUUGCAUGUUAAAUUUUUUUUUUUUUUUUUUUGACGCUGCCUUGUACUAAAAUGCAGAUAUUAUUAUGGAGCAAUGGCUUUUUUGCUUGGAGCCCCGUGCCAGCAAGGCACAGCCUGUGUGAAUGAGGAGUUACCGCGUUUGGCAAUGCAAGAAUUCUUUUAUGAACAAAGGGGUUUGUUCCUGUGGUCCUGUAAACUUUUCUUUUUGAGAUACGUGCCGGCAUAUGCGGGCAAGGCACGCGGUGUUCGACACAGCUGCGCGUCUCCAAAAGCCUGUUCAGAUAAGAGCAGGGGAACAGAUUUUACGCGCCCUGCAGAACUGGAGGGAAAUGAACGUACAAUGCACAGGUUAUUCCGGUUCAGUGAGCAAGGUAAGGAGGGACAGGGUUUAGGAGUCGACUGUUAACACUAAUUAAAGAAAAAAAAAAAAAAGUAAAAGUAAUGAGACCUUUUCCAGGCCACAUAAAGAAAAAUAUUUACAAUACUUAACAUCUUUUGUAUGGUUUAAAGAACGAUUUGCCUCCACUCCUCUAUAAAUGCACUGUUCAGAAUUGAUAACACAAGUUUACCUGUAAAGCCAGGCUUUUCUGCUUUGUACCCAAAGCACACGGCGCUCUCUCCUCUUGUUUUGGUGAUACUGCCUACGGAACGUGACUUUGGGACUUUCCUGGCUCUGUGUGUGUCCUCCGGUGUGAAUUUGCUUUGCAUCUUAGGCACUUCACUGUCACGCUUCUCUGCUCUUUUGUAUGGCGCAGCAAGACCCCGGGUGACUUCCUUGCGUAACGAGAGGAUUGCAUGGAUUCCGUACAGCACCCGACUCUAUCCAGGGAGAAAAUCGACAAGUAUUUAUUUACCCCCCACACUCGCUUUCAGGAAUGUUGGCUUUGCUGUUUGGUGGGGGGGUCGGUUGGUUUUUUGCUUUUGUUGUUUUGGUUUGUUUUUUUUUUUUUUAUGUGAAUGUACUGUAGAAAGAGUUGUAAAAUGUCACUGUCUUGCAUUGUUGGAUCUUGGGUGAAAAAACAGUAAUGUGAUUUAUUUUUAGCUUUUUUUUUUUUUUUCUUUGAGGUGGGAGUUGGAUUUCUGGAGGGGGGGGUUAUUUUGUGUUUUAAAAAAACUGCACGCCUGGGGGGAGGGCGUGCGGGUACGUGCGGCGUGUUUGUGUGUGUAAAUACCUGCGUGUGCCCACACACACGCGCCCUGCAUGCUUUGCAUGUGGCACUUGGACGUUCGGUUCGGUGACUGUUCUAGGCUGAACUGUUAAAUACUGUGUUUGAGGCUGGGUUGUCAUUUUUACAACUGUCUCGGUGUUUUACUGCCAUUAUUUAUUACUUUUGAUACACGGAAUGAGCCGCAUGCAUUUAUAGAGCAAUAAGAGGAUGUAUUUAAUGUGCCUUGUUUUUAACUGAGUAGGAACUGAAAGCAUGAAUCAAUAAAACUGAUUAAAAACGGUCCCUUCACCGGCAGUUUGUUACGGCAGUGACAAAAACAACUUUGAUCAGCCUUGAAAAAGUUUAUUUUCAAAGGAAAAACGUUCAGGGGGAUGCUGCUUGGUAAACACGGCAUAAUUUUGUCCACGCUUUCCCAUUUUAGCUCAGAAUUUAGCACUUCGUAGUUUAAAAGUGAAAAUUGGGCGUUAAUACAGCACUUAGCAUUCCCGGGCUGUAGGAGCUGUGUGCGCCCGCCGAUGACACGCAGGGUGAGGUAUUCUGCACUGCCAGCUCAUACUAAAAUUACAGCCGGCCAACUGGCCGGGGUCUCACGCGGGGGAAAAAUGCCAGUCGCAAGCGUUCCUUUGCACACUGAUGAAUUUCAUCAUAACUAAAAUCAAUAGAAAUGAAUGGAGGAGAUCUCAUAAUCCAUUUUGAUCAUUUUACAUGUCAACUUAGUCCGGGGUUGCCAUGUGUUGAUAAAUGUCCUGACAGAAAAAAUGCUAUAUAUUUUCAUUGUCAGUAAAUCAGUAAAGCCGUUAUCAGUUUUAACGCAAUUUUUAUAAUCUCCAUAUUAUUUUAUAGGUUUUAAUUUACACUUGUAAUAGGGAUAUUCCGCAACCGUGAUGUAGCUGUGCUGAGUACAGGGGUUGUGGACGUGCAGCCAGAAGAGCUCCCCUCCACGCGUGUGUCCCCGAAAUAAAAAGGACCGAGACCUCCCGAGUGUAAUUACAAAGAUGAUGAGUUUUAUCUAAUCUGUGGUGGGUAAGUCAUGUGUCGGGAAACUUUUGCUACGAUCAUCCUUGUCCCAAAUAUUCUGCAGCACUAAAACUGCCUCGGGUCGUGAUCCUGAAUUCGCUCCUCAACGCGAAACUGAAGCGAAUGGGAGUUUUUCUGGAAGAGUGUUUUGGGGGUGGGUUCCCUCGCCCUGCGCGACGUCUCCCCUGAUCAGCCACAAAUUCAGCUUUGUUGCGACUUCUGCUCACUGCAGCCCGGUGUAGAAAUAUGAUUCGGCAUAUCAUAGCAGCAUUAAUAUUUCAGCGUUGAUGCCUGAGCUGG